GCGCCCUCCCUCGCAUUCACUUGCAAAUCGCUGUGUGCUGGCAGGAGCCGGCACUUCCAGUCUCUAACCUUCCCAUGGCGAGUGCUGCAGCUCCAUCAGCAGAACCUUUCUCUCCAGUGAGGAAGGGCUUUUUUCCCCUUUCCUCGCCCCCCUCCCUUAAUCAGAAGCACUGAAUGAAAGCCAAUCAGAGAGAGUUCGCCCCCGUUUUCUUCGGUUCCCUGCUGUCCAGAGUUAAAAGUGACGCUGAGAGAAAGCUUGAGUUAGACUGAAGUAGAACCAGUGAUAGAAAAUAACAGCAGAAAACAAACAAAAAGGGGAAAGGGUGACAAUUUCUUCAGGGUUAUUUUGGCCGGAACCAACUUCCGUUACCCAGCAGCUGAUAUAAAAGCUUUUUGAUAAUACGUACACCACACGGAUGAGAUGUUGGAAACCAGUUGAGACUCAGUGAGGUCCAGUCCCAUAAUACAGGAUUACUUUCUCUUCACCUACACUGGAAUUUUUCAAGAAGUGAGCUAUGACUAUAUAUCGGUUCUUGAGACUGUUUCUUUUCUGGGCAUGCCUACCACACUUCUGCUCUCCAGAGUUAACAUUCAGAAGGACUCCUGGGCCCCAGAAAAUGCCUUCAGAUACCCGUGUCCCAAGGAGUGAGGGUAAAAUCCUUCACCGCCAAAAACGUGGCUGGAUGUGGAAUCAGUUUUUCUUACUGGAGGAAUAUACAGGAUCUGAUUAUCAAUAUGUAGGCAAGCUUCAUUCAGACCAAGAUAAAGGAGAUGGAUCGCUCAAAUACAUUUUAUCUGGAGAUGGAGCUGGUACUCUUUUCAUUAUUGAUGAAAAAACAGGUGAUAUUCAUGCCACAAGAAGAAUUGAUAGGGAGGAAAAAGCCUUUUACACUCUACGUGCACAAGCUAUUAACAGAAGAACUCUGAGGCCAGUAGAACCAGAGUCUGAAUUUGUGAUCAAAAUCCAUGACAUAAAUGACAACGAGCCAACAUUCCCAGAAGAAAUUUACACAGCUAGUGUUCCUGAAAUGUCCGUUGUAGGUACUUCGGUCGUGCAAGUCACAGCUACAGAUGCUGACGACCCUUCAUAUGGGAACAGUGCCAGAGUCAUUUACAGCAUACUUCAAGGGCAGCCCUAUUUCUCCGUGGAGCCAGAAACAGGUAUCAUCAGGACAGCUUUGCCAAACAUGAACAGAGAGAAUAGGGAGCAGUACCAGGUGGUCAUCCAAGCCAAAGAUAUGGGUGGCCAGAUGGGAGGCUUAUCUGGAACCACCACUGUGAACAUCACGCUGACAGAUGUCAAUGACAAUCCACCUCGCUUCCCUCAGAACACCAUUCAUCUUCGGGUUCUUGAAUCCUCCCCAGUUGGCACAGCUGUUGGGAGCGUGAAAGCAACUGAUGCUGACACAGGGAAAAAUGCUGAAGUAGAAUACAGAAUUAUUGAUGGAGAUGGGACAGAUAUGUUUGACAUUAUAACUGAGAAGGACACACAGGAAGGCAUCAUAACUGUGAAAAAGCCACUUGACUAUGAGAGCAGAAGACUUUACACCCUGAAGGUAGAAGCAGAAAACACCCAUGUGGAUCCACGUUUUUAUUACCUAGGCCCAUUCAAAGACACUACAAUUGUGAAAAUCUCCAUUGAAGAUGUAGAUGAGCCUCCUGUUUUCAGCAGAUCUUCCUAUCUCUUUGAAGUUCAUGAAGAUAUUGAAGUGGGCACAAUCAUUGGUACGGUAAUGGCAAGAGACCCGGAUUCUACUUCCAGUCCCAUAAGAUUUACUUUGGAUCGCCAUACUGACCUUGACAGGAUCUUUAACAUACAUUCUGGAAAUGGAUCACUUUAUACAUCAAAGCCACUUGACCGUGAACUAUCUCAAUGGCACAAUCUUACUGUUAUAGCUGCUGAGAUCAAUAAUCCGAAAGAGACAACUCGAGUGGCUGUUUUUGUGAGGAUUUUAGAUGUUAAUGACAAUGCUCCACAAUUUGCUGUGUUUUAUGACACAUUUGUUUGUGAAAAUGCCAGACCAGGACAGCUAAUACAGACAAUAAGUGCAGUUGACAAAGAUGACCCUUUAGGAGGACAGAAAUUUUUCUUCAGUUUAGCUGCUGUCAAUCCUAACUUCACAGUACAGGACAAUGAAGAUAAUACUGCCAGAAUUUUAACCAGAAAAAAUGGCUUCAAUAGACAUGAAAUCAGUACCUAUCUUUUACCUGUGGUGAUAUCCGACAAUGACUAUCCAAUUCAGAGCAGCACUGGCACCCUGACCAUCCGUGUGUGCGCCUGUGACGGCCAAGGAAACAUGCAGUCGUGCAGUGCAGAAGCUCUGCUCCUCCCUGCCGGCCUCAGCACCGGCGCCUUGAUCGCUAUUCUCCUCUGCAUAAUCAUUCUUCUGGUGAUAGUAGUCCUGUUUGCCGCUCUGAAAAGACAGCGGAAAAAGGAGCCUCUGAUCUUAUCCAAAGAAGAUAUCAGAGACAACAUCGUGAGCUAUAACGACGAAGGUGGCGGAGAGGAGGACACCCAGGCCUUUGAUAUCGGCACCCUGAGGAAUCCUGCAGCUAUUGAGGAAAAAAAGCUUCGACGAGAUAUAAUUCCGGAAACUUUAUUUAUACCACGGAGGACUCCUACUGCCCCGGAUAACACAGAUGUCCGGGAUUUCAUUAACGAGAGGCUCAAAGAACAUGACCUGGACCCCACCGCGCCUCCCUACGACUCACUUGCAACCUAUGCCUAUGAAGGAAACGACUCCAUUGCCGAAUCUCUGAGUUCAUUAGAAUCAGGUACUACUGAAGGAGACCAAAACUACGAUUACCUCCGGGAAUGGGGCCCUCGGUUUAAUAAGCUAGCAGAAAUGUAUGGGGGUGGGGAAAGCGACAAAGAUGCUUAGCUUCGCAUCCUACGUUCUGUUCAACAAAAGGAAGUAACUGCGGACACUGUCUCCACUUCACAAUAUUUGAUAUUCAGGAGAAUUUUCCUGCCACUCAGCACAAUUUUCCCAUUUAUAUCUUAAUUUGUUCAUUAAUUACAUUAAUUCUUUCCUGUAGAAUGUCUCAUGGAAUAUAUACGACAUUUUAUUUAAUCACUUCCAAGAGCCAAAGCUAUGGAAAUUCAAUAUUAUACAUCUUAGUAAAUAAAAGAUAAUUUCAGAAACAUGAACAGGAUAGCUCUCCCUUUAGUAACCUCACAAGCCGCUUCUGUUAGAUACACCUCCCACCCUUGCAAAUGAAGCUUUUAAAAAGGUGAAGAAAACAUUUAAGGUAUAUCCUGUUCUGUACAUUAAAUUUUAAAAAAUGUACAUGUGGUGUUAGUAGGUGAUAUGCAGCCUGGUAUACAAGCGUUUGUGCAAUUUCAUUUCAUCAAUUUCU